CUUGAAACAGGCCAGAACGGAAGCAGAGGUGCGUAGCUUCCGUUUGCAGUGCUAACGAGAAGUUCUGCGGAGCCAGGUACAGCGGCGUAAAAAGGACUUUCAAAUGCCUUGGGAACAGGAAUCAGAACUUACAAAGAGGGAUAAAGCUGCCAGAGUCAUUCAGAGGGCCUGGAAACGUUUUCUUAAUGUCACUGUCUUCCAACACUUUAAAAGAUUGAUUGAUCUAAGAAGACGAGGAGAGCCACGUCAGAUAGUGAGAUACAUCAAUCCUAAAGAGGCAGAGCUGCUAGAUGCUGCUGCAGGCAUUCAUGUACGAUUCAGAUUAGGUGGUGUUAAAUUUCCACCUGAUAUAUACUAUAAAAUUUUCACUCAUAGACCUAUUGAAGAUCUGUGUGCUAAUAGCCCUAGAGAUUAUACAAAACUUCCAGCAAAAUAUACAUCUCAUAUUAAAAGUGAUAAUCUUCAGGAAGAGGAUCAUCGUGGCUGGUAUCGUCGUAUAGAGAACAAUGGCUGGAGGCUUGUCUCUGAUACAUUUUGGGUGUCUCCUGAAAACGUAGAGGUGGGAGACAAAAAAGAAAGCGAAUUCCAUUUCUCUAAACUGAAGAGAAGGCAAGAUAUGGAAAAGAAAAGAAAAAUUAGAAAAAUAGAAUGGAUGAGGAAAAUGUACUAUACAGGAAGCCUAGAGGCCAGGUCAACAAAUGCUAAAACUCUAGGUUUAAUCCACACAGCAACGAAGGGGCUAAUGAGAGCUGUCGAAAUCGGUGGAAUAGAUUCGGUGAUGGAAUGGGAGGUGGAUGAAGUGCUCAACUGGACAAACACGCUGAACUUUGAUGAGUAUAUUGCCAACUGGAAGGAAAUUGCUACAAGCAACUCUUCAGCUAACUUCAAAAAGCCGCCCCCACGGUCCAAGCAUCCUUCAUCCCCUUCAGGCUUCUCCCAACAGCCUCCAAACUGGUUUCCCAUUCGAGCAAGCACGGAAACGAGGAUACAACUAUGCAGCUAUAUCAGAGGAGAAAUUGGGAAUCCCAGAAGAUACUUUAGAUGGAAGUUUUUAUGAAAAACCAAAUUUUCCUAGACUAUCACCUGAUCUCACUAACGGAGUAUAAAGUUCUCCGCUUUCCUGAGCGGUAGCCCUUCACACCCCGACUCCAUCAGUUACUGUCAAGAGAUCGUUUACUCUGACUGGAAUGACUUGUGUGUUCUUGGCACAGAAUCUGUCUACCUCAAGCAAAUAAGGAAGCCUAAAGAGAAAUAAGACAUCAGACUCAAAACAAUGGUCAUGAAAAUGUAGAAAUUAUUCCUUGUAUUCAAAGAAACUGCAGUAAUCUCACAGUCACACAUAAAUAAAUACAUUUAGGUGCAAAAAAAAAAAAACUUUGGAUUUUCUUCUUGAAGCAUUCUUCGGGUGUUCAUGUCAGAGCUCUUUUUCCAUUUAAAAAAGGAAAGGGGCACUUGGGUGGCUCAGUCUGUUAAGCGUCCAGCUUCGAGU